AGCCAGCUGGCAGUGCCCGGCCUCGCACGCCCCGUGCUGCCGCGGUGCCGGCGGAGCCCGCCCGCUGUUCUCUGGGGGUCAGGGUGUCCUCGCUCCCCAGGGACCCCCAAAACAGCCUUCCUCCGCCCCACGCUGCUGCCCCCUGAAUGUUUUCCCGCUGCCCACGUUGCCUGUGAAAGAAACGUGUGCCUCCUGUAAUAGGCCGCUGACAACCUUCUCUUCUGUUACUUCUUAGUCAGCUGAUUCAUUGCAUUGCUUACACGUUACACUGCCGUCACCGCUACUCCGCGUCAGCCCCUUUUGCAUACCGUAUCUGCACAGAGGCGGUGUAGUUACGCAUACGGAAAGGGGAAAUGUAUUUCUUUGAAUCCCAGGAGCCUUGAUAUUUGUAAAUUAAGUAGUUGAGAUACCUUACCGUACUUCAAAAAGUGAAUCUACUUGGUUGUCUUUUAGGACACUUACAAUCUUAUAAACAUAUACCAUCAUGAAGGCUUACUUAAUGCUUUCUUCUGCCUUUUUGUAUUAUAGUCUUACUGCUGUAGUGAAGAGUGUUGGUUUCCAAUUAUGUCACUGCUGUGUUGUGGAAUGUCAGGAAAAGAAACAUCUUUUUGUAAGAUAAUCCAAGUGAAAACAAAGUUAAGGAUUGGUUUUAGUUUCUGUUAUUAUUUUUGCUGUUAAUAAUAAUCCAUAUUGUAUUUUGAAAGCAUAGUAGUGAAGAUUUUUUUCAGUGAUACUUUUGUAAUUAUCUAGUUUUAGGCUACAUAUAAGUAAUUUUACUGCUUAAGAAUAUUGAAAAUAGCAGCUUCUUUUUAGUUUUCUUUCUAACUAAACCAUCUACUCUUAAAUUCAGAGGGAGAUUCUGAUAAGAUGAAAAUGCUCAUUUUAUCUAUGUGCAUGCUGAACUGUAGAAUUGGCUGUUUAUAGUGUGUGUUUCCUGCAAGCACAUUUUGAAUUUUGCACUGUGAAACAGUGAUAAGAUCCAUGAAAUAAUAUGGGUAUUAUAAUAUUAAAGGGCUUUAUUUUAAUAUUCUCAAUGCUUUUGCAAACACUUUCGCCAGUGAGAGGAAGAAGGACAAACUAAUGGUGGUUGUCCAUGGGGGCUGUAAGUUGUGAAGAAGAAAUGAGCCUAGGGGUCUUUGUGUUAAGUAGUAGGGAGAUAACCGUUACCUAGACACGAGGACAUGGUGCCAGUUAUUUAGGCGAGAAAUAAUGUCUGACUGAAAUAUGCUACCAAGGACAUUGGUUUAGUAUAUAGGCAACUAUAUACUUGGAGAUAUAGAAUAUGUAUGCAAAACAAAUCCAAUGUAAGUAAAUGUUCAUUAAAAUCACUCAAUGUGACAGCAAGUCAAACGAGUUCUAUAGAGGAGUAUCCUUUAAUGAGAAAUCAUUGCCUUUGAGCACAAGCUAUUCAAUUUGACUUUGAAAUUCAGUGUUACUUCAUCAGGUAAACAGUUGCCUGCAGGCUGCAUGAAAACAUUUUGUUCUGAGGCCAGCAGUAGAUUUUUAGGAUCAGUGGUGAUUUAGGAAACCCCAGUUGGCUUCUUUUUAAGGAAACAACCAAAACUGAACUAAACAGGGGCAAGGCAGUUCUCCCCCAGAUAGCAUACAGCUCCGAUGUUGUCUUGCUUGAAACAACUCUUAGUCAACCAGGUUAUCAGUGGCUGAUGCAUCCUCAGUGAGAGACUGGAGCGGGCCCUCAGUUUCUUCUCACAACAGUAACUUCACACUUUGAAGACUUGAAUAGGACAGAUGUUAUCUUACUGUGGCAUUAUUGCCUUUAAAUUGUCAUAUAGCACAAUAGGGGUGACAUAAACAUAACUGCUAGUACUGUGCUUGUUGGUUUUUUAUUUUUUUUUAACAGACAUCAAGAUACGUAGAAGGGUAUGCUAUGGAUAUUAGAACUAAUUUUGUCUUUCAUAUGCUUUUGUUACUUCCUUAUUUGGCAUUACACAGAAAAUGGUAUUACAGUGACUAAAUACUAAAAUUAGUAAGCACAGCCUCUUUAUUUCACGGAUUUUAAUUUUUCCCCUUGUUAGAAAGAAACACUGCUCUAUGAAGAGAUUGGGUACUGUAUUACUGCUUUAACGUACUAGCACACCAACUUUUUAGUAGAGAAUGUGCAAAACUGCAAGCCAAAAAGACUCCAUUUUUUAAAAAUGCAGUAGUUCUGAAUUAUUCCUACAAAUAUAAUUUGAAGCAGCAUUGAAACUCUCCUGUAACAAAACCAGUCUGUUUUUUUGGCAGUGAUAUUACUAAUUCACUACCUGCAUUGGUUACCAAAUGUUAAAAACACAUGGAAAGCGUUAUGAAACUUCACAUUUAGAAAUAGUUCAGAGAUUUGAUGUGCUCCUUGUGAUCAUCUUCGCAGGUGUGCUGUUUUCUGGCUCCUCUAAGAAGAUAAUUUCUAAAUUGUACAGUUUUGAGCUACCUGAGGUUUGCAUUCACCGUGUUAGAUCGUGCAGCAGCAUUCGCUUUAUAAAAUCAAAAUAUGUGUGCGUGUUUGACAAAUCUGCCCUCAAGUUUAGUCAUCAACAGCGAUUAUUCAGAACAUCUGCUGUUUCAUGUGGCCAAAUUGUCCAGUUUAAGCUUUCUGACAUUGGAGAAGGGAUUACAGAGGUGACUGUAAAAGAAUGGUAUAUAAAAGAAGGUGAUAGCGUGUCUCAAUUUGAUAGCAUCUGUGAAGUACAAAGUGAUAAAGCUUCCGUUACUAUUACUAGUCGUUAUGACGGCAUCAUUAGAAAACUCCAUUACAAUUUGGAUGAAAUUGCUUAUGUUGGAAAACCGUUAGUGGACAUUGAAAUUGAUGCCUCAAAAGGUGUUGCCCCAGAAGAAGAUGUUGUUGAAACACCUCCUAUGUCUCAUGAAGAGCACACUCACCAAGAGAUAAAAGGUCACAAAACAUUAGCAACCCCUGCAGUUCGUCGUCUGGCCAUGGAGAACAAUAUUAAAUUGAGUGAAGUUGUUGGAACAGGGAAAGAUAACAGAAUCCUUAAAGAAGACAUACUCAAUUACUUAGCCAAACAAACAGGAGCUAUUUUACCUCCAUCACCGAAGGCUGAAAUUAUCCCACCUUUGCCAAAAUCAGAGACUCUGCCAGCUGCUCCAAAGGACAAAGCACGCAAAAUUCCUGUACCUGUUUCCAGACCCAUUGUGUUUUCAGGAAAAGAUAAAACUGAACCUGUAACAGGUUUUCACAAGGCAAUGGUGAAGACUAUGAGUGCAGCCUUGAAGAUACCCCACUUCGGUUAUUGUGAUGAGAUUGAUUUGACUCAGCUUGUUCAGUUGCGAGAAGAGCUGAAACCUCUAGCACAAAUUCGUGGAGUUAAGCUUUCCUUUAUGCCUUUCUUUAUAAAGGCAGCCUCUCUGGGAUUAUUGCAGUAUCCCAUUCUUAAUGCUUCUUUGGAUGAAAGCUGUCAAAACAUCACAUAUAAGGCUUCGCACAACAUUGGAGUUGCUAUGGACACAGAGCAAGGUUUAAUUGUUCCAAAUGUGAAAAAUGUUCAGGUCUUGAGUGUGUUUGAGAUUGCUUCCGAAUUAAAUCGCCUACAGUCCUUGGGCUCUGCAGGCCAGCUGGGAACAAAUGACCUCACUGGGGGAACAUUCACCCUUUCAAAUAUUGGCACAAUUGGUGGCACUUACACCAAACCAGUGAUACUACCUCCUGAAGUAGCUAUUGGAGCACUUGGAAAGAUACAGGUUCUUCCUCGGUUUAAUGGAAAAGGUGAAGUAUUUAAAGCACAGAUAAUGAAUGUGAGUUGGUCAGCUGAUCACCGCAUCAUUGAUGGAGCUACAAUGGCCCGGUUUUCUAACUUGUGGAAAUCUUACUUGGAGAACCCUGCUUCGAUGCUGCUAGACCUUAAAUAAAGGAAACCAUGGCUAGAAUAUGCCUUUAAACUUUGUGGACUGGACUAAAUAAUUAUAAAAGCUGGCCUUCCUAGCACAUGUCCUUUGCUACUCACAUAAUAUAAUUUUAUGUGGUUAAAAGAUCUCAGCAGCUGAUAUCAGUCUAUCAAUUAGUUGUUACUUCUUUUAAUUAGUAGUGCUGUAAUUUCUUCUACAGCUGUCAAACUUAAUAGGUCAUGGUGCGACUUCUGAAUAUGGUGAUGGAAUGUCUUUAUUUUGCCUUUUAUAAUGCAUACGACUGUGAGGCUGGUGUGACUGAAUGACACUGAUCUACAUCUGCAGUAUUUAUAACCUGAUUAACCUGUUUUGAAGGGAAAUACUCAUAGUUCUUUCUUGUUGGACACGUAAAUUUAUUUUAACAAAUAAUAUCCAAAUUCCCAAAAGAAGUUAUGCAAAAAUCAUAUACAAAUAAAAUGCCUUUUAUGCUUCUGCUGUAA